AACGCUCCCAUGCAGCCGCCUGAGAACAAACGCCGCGGUCCAGUUGCAGAGCUGCUGCAGCUGCUGAAGGCUGCGGGGACCGCACAAAACCUCCAGUCAGGACGGACCUCAACGCGACAGGAACCAAAGACUCGCCCACUUCUCCCUCAUCACAUUCUCCUCGAACAUUUUGGAGUCAGCUGUGGAGGUCUGGCGGGAGAGACGCCCUCUGUCUCCUGAUCCCUUCCAUGUUUCGGAGCACAGAAGCCAAGAUGAAAACCCACCACUGACCGCAGAAAGGAUUUACGCUCCUGCUAAAACAUUACAUUUUUAUCUCAAUGCAUCACCCGGCCUCAGCCAGGCUCGUGCGGCUGAAUGUUUUUCAUUCCCACAUAGAGCGAGACAGACAUGAAGACGACAGUGUGGACAGAGUGCAGGAGUCGGAGUAAAUGCAAACAGAUGAGUCGCCUAUGAGUGACGGACGACGUCUGGGAUGGAGUCCUCCAGCAGACCAUGAAGCGGAGUGGCCCAGCAGGAAAAGAGAGAGUUUUCUUCUGUAUAAGUAUUGACUCAUUCGUUUGGGCUGCCGGUGCCAAAACAAUUUACCGAAAUGGGGAUCUGAGAGGCAGUGACCUAAUUCAGAAUGAGUGAUGUCAUGCUGAUAAGCCGCCCGCCUCCGUACUAAGUGAUGGAACAUCAUCGAAAAUGGAUUGUUUUGAUCGAGGCUGCCGUGUGUGAGGUUACAUGAUAUUUUUUGAAAGUGUGAGUUUUGAUGCCACAUGCAGUUAUGUUGAGGCGCGGACUGCUGACCUGGGUGUCCCGCAUCGGGGGUCUGCUGGUGCUCCUCUGCUGCUCCCUCUCCCUCCUCUAUCUGAUGACGUGCAGCCCCCCACAUUCCAACAGCCCUCCGCUGAGUCACGUGUUGCCCCACGCAGGGUCGAAUCACCCGAGCCUCGGAGGUCCGGGGCCCGUGAUCGGAGCAGGGCCCGCUGGGACCAGAGGAGCUGGAGAUAUUGCCCAGAGCCGGGGUCCGCCAGCAGCGCAUCCCUACCAGGUGCUCCUCCAAGAGCGUGAGGAGCAACACCGCCUCUACAUCUCCUCCUUAAAGAAACAGAUCGCUCAGCUGAAGGAGGACUUGCAGGAACGCAGUCUGCAGCUGAAGAGAGUGCAGGAGAGCCUGAAGACGGCUGGAAAGGGGCCAGCCGAGGGGCAGGGGGGGGACACUGAAUCCCAGGCGGGCGGCUUGGGAGAGGUUCAGGGGGCCAAGAGCCAGCAGUCUGACCUGCAGGAGUACCUUAGAACUCAGUUGUCCAAGGCUGAGGUGACCUCUGGCACCAGGUUGCCCAACGAGUACGCUGUGGUGCCCUUUGAGAGCUUCACCCUGCAACGGGUGUACCAACUGGAAAUGGGGCUCACCCGUCAUCCUGAGGAGAAACCUGUGAGGAAAGACAAGAGAGACGAGCUGGGAGAGGUGCUGGAGACGGCUCUGCGCAGUCUCAACACUCCCUCGUCACAAAAGGAGAACGGGGGCCCGGCAGAAAAGACUCAAACAAGCAAGGUCUACACGCCAUCUGACUUUAUAGAAGGGAUCACUCGCACAGAGAAGGACAAAGGGACGCUGUACGAGCUGACCUUCAGAGGGGAGGCGAGUCAUGAAUUCAGACGUUUGGUCCUCUUCCGGCCUUUCGGGCCCCUGCUGAAGGUCAAAAAUGAAAGGAUGGACACAACCAAUGUCCUGAUUAACAUCAUCGUCCCGCUUUCGAGACGAGUGGAUAAGUUCAAACAGUUCAUGCAGAACUUCCGGGAAGUCUGUGUGCGUCAGGACGGGCGGGUGCAUCUGACCGUGGUGUAUUUCGGGAAAGAGCAGAUGAGUGAAGUUCGAAGCACUCUGGAGAACACGUCUAGAGAGGCCAGUUUCAAGAACUACACGCUGCUGCAGCUGGACGAGGAGUUUUCUCGAGGUCGGGGUUUAGACGUUGGGGCGCGGGCGUGGAAGGGAGGCAAUGUGCUUCUUUUCUUCUGCGAUGUGGACAUCUACUUCACCACCGACUUCCUCAACACCUGCCGGCUCAAUGCGCAGCCCGGUAAAAAGGUGUUCUACCCCGUGUUGUUCAGCCAGUACAACCCUGCUCUGAUUUACGGGAGUCCCGAGCACACCCCCCCUGUGGAGCAACAACUGGUGAUCAAGAAAGACACAGGCUUCUGGAGGGAUUUUGGUUUCGGUAUGACCUGUCAAUACAGGUCUGACUUCAUCAACAUAGGAGGUUUUGACAUCGACAUCAAAGGCUGGGGCGGUGAGGAUGUCCACCUCUACAGAAAGUACCUCCACAGCAGCCUCCUGGUCGUCCGAGCUCCGUCGCGCGGCCUCUUUCACUUGUGGCAUGAGAAGCACUGCGCCGACGAGCUACCUCCGGACCAGUAUCGAAUGUGCAUGCAGUCCAAGGCCAUGAACGAGGCCUCGCACGGCCAGCUGGGGAUGCUCUUCUUCAGGCAUGAGAUCGAAGCUCAUCUCCGCAAGCAGAAACAGCAAAACCCCAAGAAAACGUGACUCUGGACUGGUGACGGCAAGGAGCUGCAUGCAGCAGGUGAAUCCAGCUCAUCUUAGACAUUUUAACCAAGAUUCUUUCAGAAUUGCACAAAGCUAAAUCACCGUUCUGCUGUGCACCAAAUACAAGCCUCACUCUUUUAUAUCUGAACAAUAAACAAACAAAAACAUUAAGGCUACAAGGCCGAGAUGUAAUUGACUCACACCUGAGGGAGUUUGGCUGAUUUUAUUUAUUUUUUUUCUCACUCAAUACACAAAAAGGUUUUCCUUUCCUUUAUAAAAAAAAAAAAAACAUGUUCAACUAUUUCUAUUGGUUUUUGUUGUUGUUAUUUUUAAUGGCUUGGUCUUUGACUCCAUCGUUAACAAACAGCUAAAGUUAAUUAAUUUCAACAUUCUCAGCUGGAAAAUUAAUAACUGUAGUUCCUAAAGAUUGAAUGGAGUUUGUUUCUAUGAAAGACUGGCUGCAUAUAAUUUAAAAGUGAAUAACUCCCCAAAACAUACAUCUAUGGUCCCAGAGGUUUAAAUACACUAAUCAUGGGCCGUCUUGCCAUAUUAAUUUUGUACUUUUAGUUAUGCAUGUGACACAUUCUUGGUUUUUUAGGGUUUUUGGUUGUGGCCUGCUAAUGGAACUGCAAUAUAUCAGGGUCAAAACUAUAUAUACUAUAAACAUGCAUCUCUGUUAGUGUUUGGCUAAAUCCCUAUUGGCAAGCUUUACGGCAACCAUACACUUUUUUUUCGGUAGCCAUUAACAAGCUUUUGGCAUAACGCUGACUUAUCAGCACAGACUUAGCAAUCAUAGCUAAAAAAAA